UAUGGCACGCCAGUGUGAAACCGACACUCGCUGCGGUGGGUACUAUUACCAUCGUAAUUUUAUUUGUAAACAUAAAUAGUAUUAAUACAUAUUAAUAUACUCAAAUUAAUAAAUUAUACAGUAGAAUAAAAUAGUGAAUUUAAAAGAAGUGCAAAGCAUCGUUUGGAUUUAUUUAUCGAAUUUGCCAAAUCGGAUUUUUGGUGGACCCCAAUAAUUUUUUUUGGUACCAAUAUGGCGACUUCCGUCCUCCAGCCCGAAGAAUGUCGAAGGGAGCACAAACCCAAACCAGACGCUCCAAGACUGACCGAUGACGAAAGACUUGCUAUUUUGGAAAACAACGAACGGGAAACUGGAGAACUUCCACCAGAAUUAAGGGAAAGAGCCAGAAUAGAUAUAAGAGAGGAUGCGGCGCUCAGAGAACAGGCCCUUUCGCAAAUGAGGCAUUUUAUUGAGAAACAUCCUGCAAUCAAGAAAUGUAGAACUGAUGCACCCUUCUUGCUUCGAUUCCUACGCACAAAGAAGUACUCCAUCCCACAAGCCUGUUCCAUGUUGGAGCGUUACCUCACCAUCCGGCAAAUGUACCCGCAUUGGUUCCAGAAGCUUGACCCCCUAGAUCCGAAGAUAGCAGCGGUUAUUGACGCCGGGUAUUUGGUUCCUCUGCCGAAACGAGACUCGGAAGGACGGAGAGUCGUCUUAUCAUGCAUGGGUCGCUUCGACCCGCACGUGUAUGAUAGCAGUGUAAUGGCGCGCGUGCACUCGAUGAUCGUGGAGCUUCUGUUGGACGAGCCACGCUCGCAGCUGCUCGGCUACACGCACGUCAACGACGAGGCCGGCAUGCAGAUGCCGCACGUCAGCCUCUGGUCGCUGACCGAUGUUCGAAUAAUGCUGAACUGUAUACAGAAUUCCACCCCAAUGCGUCACAAGCGCACUCACUUUGUGAACAUACCGCACUAUGGCGUCAAAUUCUUCGAGUUCGCAGUUUCAUUGCUCAGCGAUAAACUGAAGGAUCGUGUUUUGUUCCAUCGAACUUCUGAAGACUUAAUGAAGUAUGUUGAUUCUGCUAUUUUGCCGAAAGAGUAUGGUGGCACAGUUCCUUUGAGGGAUAUGAUCGAAGAAUUAAAACGAAAACUUUUGAAACAUAGAGAGGAUUUAUUGUCUUUAGACGAUAUGUGCGUAGAUUUGUAUGCCCUGGAAAAAAAUGAUUUAACUCAAGAUAUACACUCAACUGCUGGAUCAUUCAGAAAAUUGGAACUGGAUUAGAUUAGGUAGUUAGCUGUAGUUUAAUUAAAAUAAAGAGCGUGUAAUUUUAAUACUCAU